GGCUUUCAAAUUUCAAACCUCGAAUUUCUGAGUUCGAAGGUACUCAAAUGUCAUGCUGAAGCGGAUAUUAGAGCGUUUCAGCCGCUUGCGACCAACAACUGACCGGCCAAAGAAAACUCGGCAGUCGAGAGUCUGGCGUUAUGUAUAUUGGGGACCCACGGUUGUUGUUCUAGGACAGUAUUUCUACAACUUGAAAACGGUUUCGGGGCGAAGUAUGCAGCCCACGCUCAAUCCUGAUUCAUCGCUCCGCAAAGAUAUUGCAUUAUUCGACCGAUUUGCCAUCCAUACUCUUCAACGGUUUCAAAGAGAAGAUAUCGUUACUCUGAAAUCACCAGAAAACCCUGAACGAACGUUAGUGAAGAGAAUCAUAGCUUUACCAGGAGACCUAGUCAAGACGUUACCACCUUAUAAGGAAGCUGAAGUUGUAGUUCCUACGGGACAUGUUUGGAUAGAGGGAGACGAGCCUUUCCGUAGUGACGACAGUAACCGUUUUGGUCCGGUUUCUGCCUCGUUAAUAGAUUCGCGUAUGGUGUGUGUCAUUUGGCCCUUGAGUCGAUUUGGCCUUCCUCAGCAAUCUACCACACUUCAAGCCGUUUCACCCGGCGACCACCCAUCGCAACGAGCUGCUAGGGCAGAAUUUGAGAGGUAUCGGUGGAGGCAAUCGAGAGUGGUGCGGAGCACUGACUUUUGAGUCAAAAUUCUUGGUAUCUGCGCUUGCGCUACGGUUGCGCUCUCUUGUACCUAUUCCUUGAAAGAUAUUUAAGAUAUCUUUCCGAAUAAUAUUUCCAUGUCGAAGAGUCA